AUGUCGUCAGUGAGGCCAGAAUUAAAAUUUUCAGACGCUUCUGAGGAACGGGGCUUCUAUAGACGCUUUGCUAGUCUUCCCCCCAAGCCAUCUCAGACGAUCCGGAUCGUGGACCGGGGCGAAUACUAUACCAUCCUGGGACAGGACGCUAUAUUUGUGGCGGAAAAUGUCUACCACACGCAAGCAGUGCUCAAGGACUUCCGGGUGGACGCUGCUGUCGCGAAGCAGCUGGCGGAGCCUACGAAGUACGUUACGAUGUCGCCGCAGGUUAUUGCUUCGCUUUUGAAGAUGGCACUGCUUGAACAGGGGUUUAAGGUGGAGAUAUAUGACCGCAGCUGGAAAUUGUUGAAGUCAGCAUCCCCCGGAAAUAUCGACCAAGUUGAUGACUUGAUGAACGUGUCGGUUGAUUCGUCGGUGGUGUUGGCCAGCGUCAAGUUUCAGUUCAACGCAUCGGAUGGCUUUUGUGUGCUCGGUGUCUCGUACGUAGACAGCAAUUCGUACAAGAUCGGGAUGUUAGACAUUGUGGAUAACGAGGUCUACUCGAACUUCGAGAGUUUUCUCAUCCAGCUGGGGGUGAAAGAAUGUCUGCUGCCAGACUUGAGGAAUAACGAGUCGUUCAGCGCAGAGCUCAAGAAGGUAACCGGUGUUAUUGAACGGUGCGGCUGCGUGGUUACGUUUGUCAAGAACUCUGAGUUCAACAACAAGGACGUAGAAGCGGACCUCGCUAAACUCUGUGGAGACGAGCUGGCCACAUCGCUGCCGCGUUUUUCCAAGUUAGCAUUGGCUUCCUGUAACGCCCUAAUUGGAUACCAACAGCUUUUAAAUAAUGCUGGUAACGAAGGAUCCUAUCAGAUUGUUGAGUAUUCUCUAUCCGAGUUUAUGAAGUUGGAUGCAUCUGCCGUCAAGGCACUGAGUAUAUUUCCGCAAGGGCCUAGUACACAGUCAGGUAUGGCCACCUCAGGGAAGUUUGGUGGAAAUGGCAAGAUUACAAGCCUUUUGCAACUUCUGAACAAAUGCAAAACUAAUGCCGGCGUUAGGCUGCUAAAUGAAUGGCUGAAGCAACCACUUAGCGACAAAGGUUCGAUAGAAAAGCGUCACAAUUUGGUUGACUACCUGGUUGACCAGUUGGAGCUGAGAUCUAUUCUCCGCGACGACUAUCUCCCGCUUGUUCCUGAUGUUCGGCGCUUAACGAAAAAGCUCAACCGCAAUGGGUCCUUGGAAGAUGUUUUGAAGGUCUAUCAAUUUGCGCAGCGCAUUCCUGAGAUUAAUGGUGUUUUGAAGGAAAAUUUGGACGCCUUGUCUGAGGGAUCACAUGUUAAGGAUUUGGUUCUUGAGACAUGGUAUAACCCGCUGAAUGAACAUGUAGAGCCUUUGCACAAAUUUCAAGAGAUGGUUGAAACUACUGUUGAUUUGGAGGCAUAUGAAGAAACAAACGAGUUUAUGAUCAAGGUAGAAUUUAACGAUGAGCUUGCUCGCAUAAGAACUGAACUUGUUGAUCUUAAGGAUAAGAUUAGAACUAUCCACUUAGAUACUUCAGAUGAUCUUGGUUUUGAUCCAGAGAAGAAACUAAAGCUGGAGAAUCAUCAUGUUCACGGAUGGUGCAUGAGACUUACGCGAAAUGAUGCGAAGGCUUUGAGGCAGCACAAGAAGUACCUUGAGUUGUCCACGGUUAAAGCGGGUAUUUAUUUCAGUACCAAGGAAUUAAAGUUGUUAUCCGAUGAAAUUGGAACAUUGCAGCAAGAUUACGACAGGAAACAAUCAGCAUUGGUAAAGGAAAUUGUUACUAUUACACUGUCUUAUUCCCCUGUUCUUGAGAAGCUUUCUCUGGUAUUAGCCAACUUGGAUGUCUUAUGCUCAUUUGCUCAUGUAUCGAGUUACGCUCCAAUUCCAUACGUGAGGCCAGUUAUGUAUGAUAUGCAUGCGGGGCAGAGGAAAAUGGAACUGCUUGCCUCCCGGCAUCCAUUGGUUGAAGCUCAAGAUGAAGUCACAUUUAUCUCGAAUGAUGUCGUACUAGAAGCCGAUUCUAGUGGAUUUGCAAUUAUUACCGGGCCUAAUAUGGGCGGUAAAUCCACAUAUAUCAGGCAGGUAGGUGUCAUUUGCCUAUUAGCACAAAUAGGAUGUUUUGUACCUUGCGAUGCAGCUGAGAUUACGAUAGUAGACGCGAUCCUCUGUCGUGUAGGGGCGGGUGAUUCUCAACUAAAGGGUGUGUCGACUUUUAUGGCGGAAAUGUUGGAAACCGCCUCUAUUCUCCGGAAUGCUACCAAGAAUUCUCUGAUCAUUAUUGAUGAGUUGGGACGUGGAACAAGUACAUAUGAUGGCUUUGGCCUCGCAUGGUCAAUAUCGGAGCACAUUGCGAAAAACAUUGGGUGCUUUGCGCUUUUUGCAACACAUUUUCACGAAUUGACUGCCUUGGCUGAUGACUGCCCUAAUGUCACCAAUCUUCAUGUGGUCGCACAUGUUGAAGAGAAGUCCCAUAAAUCGGAUGACAUAACGCUGUUGUACAAGGUUGAGCCCGGUAUCUCUGACCAAUCGUUUGGUAUCCAUGUGGCGGAAGUUGUCCAAUUUCCGAGUAAGAUUGUCAAAAUGGCGAAACGGAAGGCUACGGAGUUAGAUGAUAUCAAGGAGGAGACGGAAUGCCUAAAAAAGUUAAAAUGUUCGCCAGAGCACAUCGCUAAGGGCUCUGAGGUGCUAAAGAACCUUUUGCAAGAAUGGGCAAGUAUCCUACGUGCAGAGAAUCUUGACCAGCAACUGGACGAUGAGUCAAUUCAAGAACUAUGCAUUGACAAACUACGUUCCUUAGUCAACUCUUCAGAUGAACUAAAUUCAUGCGAAAAGAACUUUAAAGAUUGGGUUACUGCCCAAUUACUAUAG